UACAACAAUUAGAUAUAUUCAAUCUACAACAGGUUAUAGCAGGCUAUAUAUAUAUUGAACUAGAAUGUGGAUGAUGGGUUACAAUGAACCUCAUGACGAUCACUUGAACAUGAGCAUGGUAGAUUCUUAUACCAACAAUGGCACCCGAAAACUAAGACCGCUAGCUCCACGACCUCCCCCGCCCACCUGCGCCACCACCUCGUCCUCAAACCGCUUCCAUUCAACUCCUCAUGAUCAUAUCCUUCACCUCAAUCAUCAUCAUCAUCUAGUUGAACAAAACAAGGUGGUUAGUAGAGAAUUUAAUCCACAACAAAUGGUGGUUGUGAGCUCAAGAUGGAACCCUACCCCAGAGCAAUUACAAACCCUAGAAGAACUAUAUCGUAGAGGGACACGGACACCAUCUGCUGAUGAAAUCCAACAUAUCACGGCCCAGCUUCGUCGGUUUGGAAAAAUCGAAGGGAAGAAUGUCUUUUACUGGUUUCAAAAUCACAAGGCAAGGGAACGCCAGAAACGACGUCGUCAGCUUGAUAAUAAUAAUAAUAAUAAGUCGUCUACUACUACAAAUAAUAAUCAUGAUCAUAUUCACCACCAACCUACUACAUUCUUUUCUACCGAUAUGAAUCACCUUGAUCAACUCAUACAACAAAAGAACUUAGAUGUUGAAGAGACCAGAAACUGGGCAAUACCUACAUUUUCAGAGAAAAAUGUGCUAAGAGAAAGAACAGGAAAAUCAUCAGACUCUAUGAUGACAAGCAUAGAUCAAGCAGCAGGAAAUCAUCAGACAUGGAUGAUCCCUACUACUACUACCGUUGAAAAUCAAGAAGAAGAAGAAGAAGAAGAAGAUCAAAGAAAUGAUCAGAAUGUGUUGCUGCUCCAUCACCGUAGAAGGAAAAACUUUCCUGCCACGUGGAACAACAUCAUCCAAUCAUCUUCAUCAUCAUCAUCUUCAUUUCCAACAAAUAAUUAUAACCAUAUGAUCACAACUUCUCUAUAUAACUCAACAGCAACAACAACCUGCUGCGCCCCAUUUCCUACUUGCAAAACGACAUCGUCUCUUGUCGUUUCAUCUCAUGCGGCUAACAGAUCACAUGAUCAUGACGACUACUCAGACGAGUCAUAUGAAACAUUAGAGCUGUUUCCGGUCAACAGAGAACAGCAGCAUCCGGAGAAAUGUUUUCUAAGUAAUCCGAGAAAUAAUGAUCAUCAUCAUCAUCAUGUCAGCAGCCUUAGUGCAGCUAGACAGUUCAUUGAGUUUCUUCCUUUGAAAAAUUAAGUCAGUCAAAUUAAUUACUACUAGCUAGCUAGCAACUACUGUACUACUUUCUAAAUUCUAAUGCAUGCUAACUAUGUCUUCUUGUUCCUAGCUUAUUUUUGUUUUACUAUU